CCCCACGUGAGGCGUUCUUUCGCAAGCAAGAACACGCCGCCAUUUUACUAGAAGCCGGUAGAUCAGAGACCAAACCAUUGGAUCCCCUUUUGAUAGAAUUAACUAUCUUAUCUCCAUAGCUCAGGGCAUUCAUUUGUGAUGUCUAGAAUCAUAGAAUACCAAAUUCCAUUACCGAUCUCGGUGGAGGAGUAUCAGAUCGGUCAGUUGUAUGCUGUUGCUGAAGCAAGUAAGAAUGAGACUGGUGGAGGAGAAGGAAUCGAAGUGAAGGAAAAUGAACCCUACGAGAAUCACGAGAAGUAUGGCAGUGGACAGUAUACCUUUAAGGUUAUUCAUCUAGCGAGUAAAGUGCCAAGAUUCGUCCGAUGGCUCGCUCCCAAAGGUGCUUUAGAGAUACACGAGAAGGCCUGGAAUGCAUAUCCUUUCUGUAGGACAGAGUACAGCAAUCCCUACAUGGGGGAUAACUUUAAGAUCUACAUCGAUACAUGGCACAAACCAGGUCUUCCUAAAGACGAAGAGAAUAAAAAUGUUCAUGAUCUGACUGGACAAAAACUCAAAAAGCGAGAGGUUGUCCCUAUAAAUAUCUACGAUGCACCAGAGCAUUCAUCAGAUUACAAAGAAGACGAAGAUCCGAGGAAGUUUCAGUCCAAGAAAACUGGUCGUGGUCCUUUGGAGUCAGCAGAUUGGCCGAAAAAAGGAGACUUCCCCUUGAUGACCUGCUUCAAACUUUACGAAAUAGAGUUUAAGUGGAAAGGUUUGCAAACAAAGGUUGAGAACUUUAUAGUUAAUGCUGUAAAGCGCCUUCUUCAUAAYUUUCAUCGUCAGCUGUUUUGUUGGUUGGAUCGCUGGCAUGGGAUGACGAUGGAUGAUAUCAGAAARCUGGAGGAAGAUACAAAACACCAUCUUGACAAGACCAGACAUGAAGGAGAUGUGAAGGGAAUGAAAGUGAAUUAAUGAGAAAAGAUCCAAUGACCAAAGGCACAUGAACAUGAAAAAUGGGAAUGAGUAAAGAAAUGACUAAAUGGGAUGUAUCUAUUCACAAGUUUUGUACUGUAACUAUAUUGUUCAGAACAUGGACUGGUAUAAAUUUCAUUUCUUUACAAUGAUUAUUUUGAGUAUUAAUCCAUGAAAUAUAGCAUAGUUUCAUUGUAAUAAUUAGAAUUACAAGCUAGAGAAUAUCUCUUACGAUGUAGAGCUGGAUGUUAGAUGUGUUGUAAGAUUUUUAUGUUAAAAUGACAAGUGAUUAUGCUUUAUAUAAAAAGAUAAGAGAGAUUGAAAAGGAAUGUUUAUAUAAUACCUGCCGAAGAAAUAGUAUAUUACACCCUACUGUAGCACCUUAUUAUAAUGUUGAAAGCAAAUUGAAAUGGAAUUCGUGACAGUGUUUUCUUUUUGUUACACUUGUUUUUCUUUUUUGCAAUUUUUAGUAAAAUAGGUUAGUUAUGUCAUUCAAUUUAAACAAGUCUUUUUUUUCUUAGCUUUUAAAAUAAAAUAUUUUGUUGUGAAAUAAAGAAUAUUAGCUGCUUUAUUAUUUGAAGUUA